AUGCCACCUAAACGAAGCACCCGUUCGACAAAAUCCACCGGCAAGACAACUUCGACAUCAGUAGAACCUACGACUCCCAAUUCAGCUUCAUCUCUUAGUCAACGGAUAACCAGAUCGGCUUCAACAGCACAUACACAAGAGGUAUCACCUGGACCAUCCACUUCGAUAUCUAGUAAUUCGGGAUCACCUGAUACCGACGAAGUAGAGAGCGAGAUGUUACAUCGUGAAUCCCAUACCUUGAGAGGCAGGAAUUUGGAAGAUCUCAAUGAGCUAGAAGAAAAGGGGUUGUUGAUGAGGAGAGAGAUGUCUGCUGAAUCGAUUGAGGAUCAUGUGAAUUCACCUAGAAGAAGAAACCCUCCAAAAGGCAAAGAGAAAGAAAAGGAUAAAGAUAGGUAUGAGAAAGUAGAGUUGCUAGAUCGGGAUAGGUAUCAAGACGAAGAAGAGGGAGAGGGAUUGACUAGUCCUAGGGAUAAGAAGGCUUUUGCGUUGCUUCAAGGUAUACCACUCGGUCUCACAUUCGGUACUCUCCCUUUCCUCCUCAAAUCUCACUUAUCAUACUCUCAACUAGCCAUCUUCGCCCUUUCUACCUGGCCAUAUUCCCUGAAACUACUUUGGUCCCCUAUAGUCGAUGCGUGGUUCGUGAAAAGUUGGGGAAGGAGGAAAAGCUGGAUCGUACCUGUACAGGGGAUUGUAGGGCUGGGUAUGUGGUGGAUUGGUGGAAGGGUUGAAGGGUGGUUGAACGCUGAAACGAUAAAUAUACGGUUCAUAACGGGUGUAUUUGGUAGCUUGAUCUUAGCUGCUGCGACUCAAGAUAUCGCUGUAGAUGGAUGGGCACUUACUCUCCUUUCGCAACCGAACCUAUCUUAUGCCUCCACCGCUCAGACAAUAGGUAUAGGUAUUGGAAAUGCUCUGAGCUUUACCGUGUUCUUAGCGUUCAAUAGUGUAGAUUUCAGCAACAAAUACUUCCGAUCUACUCCUCUCGAUUAUCCGUUAGUAUCCCUCGGAGGGUAUCUACGCUUUUGGGCGGUAGUCUUCGUCCUAGUUACUGUGUUACUGGCAAUUUACAAGACGGAAGACCCACCUGCGGAAGAUGAUCCCGAUAUGGACGUGAAGAAGGUAUAUAAGGUCAUGUGGAGUAUAGUAAGGCUGAAGAACAUCCAAUCUUUCCUUCUCGUCCAUCUGGUCUGUAAAAUAGGAUUUAUGGUCAACGAUUCAGUGACAGGUCUUAAACUGCUCGAAAAAGGUCUAUCGAAAGAAGAUCUAGCUAUAGCUGUAUUGUUGGAUUUCCCAGCUCAGAUGGCAGUAGGUUGGUUAGCCGCUAAAUGGUCUAGACCCACUUCGGCAUCGGCUUCCUCGUCGAAACACCCCUUGAGUGGUAAAGAAGAUGGAUCAGGAGGAGUAUUGAGAACUUGGUUAUAUGCUUUUUGGGCUAGAUUAGCUAUGGCUGCGAUAUCCACUUUGGUAGUUAAAGGAUUUCCAAACGGGAAAAUCGGAAAUGGUUAUUUCGGGUUGGUCAUUGCAACGACACUAUUAUCUUCUUUAACUAGUACUGUUCAAUUCGUGGGGAUAUGCGCUUUCCAUACGCAGAUUGCUGAUCCUCUAAUUGGUGGAACAUACAUGACGUUAUUGAACACCGUAUCGAAUCUGGGAGGGACAUGGCCUAAACCAUUAAUCUUACGAUCAGUCGAUCUCUUGACUAUCGCCACAUGUUCAGUACCCAUCAACACCACGCUCGAGAAGUCAUCAUUGGCUUCGACCUCGAGCAACGAAUGUAUUUCCGAGGCUGGUAAACAUGCGUGUUCAGCCGCGGGAGGUGAAUGUGUCGUAAUUAGAGAUGGAUAUUAUAUAAUGAGUAUGGUAUGUGUCACGUUAGGUGCGAUGAUUCUGGUUGGGUUUGUUUUGCCUAAUGUGAAGAGGUUAUCAGCGUUACCGAUGUCUGCUUGGAGGGUGAAGAUACCUAAUUAG